AUGUGGAAGUGUGCAUCUAAAUGCGUAAUAGCAACCUUUAAUAAAAAUUUCUCAUUUCGUGGUAAUAAUAAUAAUAAUAUUAUCCUACCUAAUAAAUUAUCCGAUGAUAAUAAACAAUGUUCCCUAUUGAAAUUCACUCCCAUAAUCAUCGAAAGGUUCAAUAGAUAUUACGGUUGGUAUAAAUGUGGUAAAUAUUCAAAGGGAAAUAAAGGAAAACACGGUCCGAAAGAAAAAAAGAAAACAUUUUUAGGAAAUUUUGAUAAUAACGUAUUCGACGCUUUAACUUGGAGCAGCGUUUUUGCUUUGGGUUAUUAUUUUUUACAACCGUUUAAAAAAAAAUCAUUAACAAAUGGUCUUACUAAUUAUUCAUUCGAUAAUGAUUACAAUGAUUCUUCUCUAUCCGGAUACAAAGCAACACUUCAUCAUUUGAUUUUUUCAUCAAUUCAACUCAAACCAUUCAAUUAUGUUUUACCUGAACUUGAUAAUUCCGAUAGGUUAACAAUUGAUAAUGAUAAUAAAUCGAAUAAAAAAAAUAAAUUUUCACAUGAUAAAAAACAAUCAACUGGUGAGGAUUUGAACGUUUUGGAAAAAGCUCAUCGAAAAGUUAUCGGAACUAUAAACAAUUGGUUGGGUUUACAACACAUGGAAUGUGGUAACUUUAAACAAGCUCUGGAAUUUUUCAUACAAUCUGCAGAUGAAGAAAAUCCAUCCGGAACGUUCAAUUUGGGAAUAUGUCACGAAAGGGGUUUGGGUACUAGUCAAAAUUAUAAAAAAGCAGCUUCUCUGUAUCAGAGAGCGACUGAUCUCGGUCAUGCUUCCGCCAUGUAUAAUUUAGGCGUAUUUUACGCUCGUGGUUUGGGUGGAUUCGAACCUGACGUGGAUCGUGCGAGACAACUUUUCAAAUCUGCUGCACGAUUGGGUCAAAAAGAAGCCGUUAAAGCUUUAAUACUAGAAAAAGAAUCAAUACAAAAAUCAAACGAUGAUGGUGCUAACGAUGAUGCUAAUGAUAACGAUUCGAAAUCCGUUAAGGAUGAAAAUCUACAAUCACAUUUCCGGUUUCCCUCAUCUAACUCUACCGGAAAUCCUCUCAAUUCGACCGUUGAAAAUCUUUUGACUGAUUUAAAUGUAAAAACCGAAGAAAGGGAAAAUUCAUUUGUUUGCCGCCAUGAUGAAUUCACGUCGGAUUCGUCGUCUUACGACAACAACGACAGCGGAAUAUUAGAUUUGUCCCCUCAAUCCGAACCUGAAUCUUUAUUCGUUUGA